GCGGGUGCCGCAGUGUUGGGUGGGUCAGAUAUCGCAGAAGCAGACGUCCCAUGCGUUCGUUACGCUCUCCAUAGUCCGUACUAUAGUACUAGUGGUUCGUGACAUGCAGUGAUCGGUGCAUUCGACAGGAGAAGCUGUCAUGCUGCCCUUUGCCGACACACAAGUGGAAAAAAAUAGGCCUCAUCAGUGAGGCUCUUUCGCUACUAUGGAGGUGGCAAUGCCCAUGUCGGGUACUGCCAUCGAUUGCUAUGAAGACAUGUUCAAGGAAAUAACCAGGAAGCUUUACGGCGAGGACGGCUUGCCUGAAUUAACUGGAACCGAACGACUCCCCACAAACCAGGAUCGUGGCUUAACUCCGAUUGAUUAUGACGUAGACAAUCCAAUUUUAAAGCCGGAAGAACAUUUAACUGCAUUUGGCUUAGCUGCGUUAAUGCAAAAUGGUUUCCCCGCAACAGGAAUACUCAAUUCGACUUUUCAACAACACAAAUCAACAACAACAACAACAACCGUUGAAGAUAAGUGGACCGCCAAUGAAGACGCUCUCCAAUGGACACAAUCGAAAAUUGCCACUUACAAUCCAUCACAGAAAUUGUUUCGAUGCGCGGAAUGUGAUUGUGUCGGAUAUCUCCCAAGAGUUGCUGAACAUUGGUUAGGGACUCAUUCAAAUUUAAGAGCUUUUCAAUGUCCACAAUGUCCAUAUGAAAGUGCGUGGGCAAGGUGUGUACGAAUGCAUUUGAGUCGACAACAUAAUAUCAACACCGACGAAACGUCAGACACUUUGGCCAAAAAUAAUCCAAUUUUGCAAGAAAUCACAAAAUACCUUCAAAGGCUCAAAAAUAAAUUAGAAAACAAUUGUUCGAAACCACAUAUAAAUAAUUCUCAAAUAUUAGACGAUUUUCAAUCCUCUUCGAGUUCUACAAAUAAUCAUCUCAACAAUCAAGUGGUUUCUACAAAUUCCGAAGCAACCAGUAGUUCGACCAAAAGAUAUACCUGUACCUAUUGCCCCUACGCUACCGAUCGCAGAGAUUUAUUUACGAGGCAUGAAAAUAUUCAUCGCGAAGAGAAACCGUUCCAAUGUUACGUCUGUCAGAAACAAUUCAAUAGAGCGGAUCAUGUUAAAAAGCACUUCCUUCGAAUGCAUAGGGAGCACCCUUAUGAUUUGAACAGGAUACGCCGACAUCCUCCGAAAAACGCUUCAGGAAUGUCGUAUUAUCAAAAAUACAAUGCAAAUUCUACAAAUCAAUCACCGGAUUCAAUAUCUUCGCUGGCAAAUAUUAAUUCUCUUUCCAUUCCAAACGGAUUUAAUAACAUAUCGCGUAAUGCUAAUAAUAUCAGACCAGGUAAUAGUACAGAUAUGAAGAACGGAAUUACAAAUAUUAAAUCUGGGAAUAUUUCUAAAGGUAAUGGAAAAAAGAAAGGCGAAAAACGCUUCACUUGUUGUUAUUGCUCUUGGUCGGGGGUAGAUAACUGGUGCUUAAAGCGUCACAUGAACACUCAUUUAAAACCAUUUGUGUGUGGUCUAUGUGAUUACAAAGCAGCGAGAUCAGAAAGAUUAGCAACCCAUGUACUAAAAGUACACAAUAAAAGAGCUUGCGGCAAAUGUAGUUUUUUGGCUGACGAUCCCGCCCAAUUGACAGUACAUCAACAAGAGCAUCAUCCUUUGGAACAGAGAAACCGAUCUGGAACUAAUAUUUUGAGAAAUACUUCCUUCAAUAAUAGCACGGCAACAUCAUCAUCUUCGUGCAGUCAAAGCCAAACAGGUUUGAAGCCUCAUGAGUUGAGUGCCGCUGCAGCUUUGCUUCAACACAGUAAUCGAUUACUUCAAAACGACAACAAAUGGAAGAAUCACACUCCAAAACAACACGGAGCUGCUCGUCUUUUCAACUACAUGGAAGCCAGCGAUGGAUCAGAGCCAGAAUCGGAAUCUCGAGGAGCUGAAGAUAUGAGUCGGUUGAACUUGAAUCAUCGAAUUCAGUCGGAUUUUCUUGAGGCGGGAGAUGUUGGUAGCCAGGUCGACGAAGAAGAGGGUGAAGAGAUGGAACUCCCUUUGUUCGUCUGCCCCACGUGCGGCUGCGAGUUCGAGGACGACAUGUCACUUGAAACCCAUCAAUACACGCACCGUCACAGCACUACAUCUCCCGCAAAAUCCGACAACUCCAAAGAGAAUGUCAACCCUAAUUUAAAGUAUCGAUGUUGUUUGUGCGAUUUUGCCUUUGAGAAUCAAUCUUCUGUUAUGGCGCACAUGGUAUCUCAUUCGAGCCUAACGACUGGGGCGCAAGCGAAGUCGACUUUGACGAAGCGUUCUCGGAAACAAAGUCGACCGAAAAAAAUGGUGUUGCCGUUUUGGGAUUUGAAUGAAAUCGAAGUGUUGCGGCACCUCAAUGGGAACUUAAACAGCGAGAUGCAACAGGCCUCAAGUUCAACCACGAUGGAGGUGUCCAAGAAGUACAUGGCCAAAAUUGUCGCUCGCAAAGGACUGUAUUGCGUUCUCUGCAAAAGCUCCAACGUGAACAGAUAUCACACUAAGGCGAGCUUAGCAUUGCAUCACUACUGGAAACACUUAAACAAGAGGUUCAAGUGUGAACAUUGCGACCUACAUUUCCGACAUCGGUAUCAGUGUGUGCUACAUGCCAGUCGUGAGCAUAUAAAUAAACCACCGAUUCUUAAGUCUCAAACAGUGCCUAUUAAAGAACCAAUUCAUUCCACAGUACCUGCUUCCCAGGACGCCCAUCAUUUCUUCACAAAUUCUCAAACUGUUACUGUACCUGACUCAUCAUCUAAUGCGCAUAAGAUAGGGAUGUCGUUUUUUGACCAUUCAUUCAUACACCCUACCAACGCCAUUAACAGUCAUAUGCCAAUCAUCAUACCUACUUUUCCACCAAAUUAAACUAACCUUCUGCGUUACUUUUUACUAUCGACAACUUGGCUAGGUACUAUAAAAGUGACCUUCAAAAAUUUUCUUUACGUGCUUGUAUCGUAAGUAUUUUCGGAACAAACUUAAAUGCAAUCAUAUUUUUUAUUAGUCUAAAUUUUCGUGCAAUAUCUGUUAUUUGGUGAUGUUUAUUAUUAUACUUAUUUACUUUAAAUAUUAUAAAACAAAAGACUGCAAUAUUUUGUUUCUUUGUACUAUAUGUUUAGAAAACCUAUAUGUUUGUAAGUAUGUUAUUGUUUAUUCUUAUUACUUUUGUUAACAUGUACUAUUUAUUAUUCAUGUCAUGUAAUGUGUUUUUUUGUAUUAUUAAUAAAAUUGUAAA